AUGACUGGCGGUCUUGAAUGCUUGCGGACCAAUGAAACAGAAAGCAAACACCAAGAAUUGAGUGGAGAGGAUACAAGUAGUCAAACAAGUCAAAGCCAUCAUGACAGUACUGACAGUCAGCAACCUACCCCAAAAGUUGUUACGCAUUCAAAGAAGUUUCACACAGUCUCAUCCAGACAGACGCGUUUUAGCAAGGUUGAGCAACUUCCAUUGCAAGAGUACUCAAUAUCAAAUAAAAUGCAUCCUUCAAAUAGGAUUCGAAAUAAUAGUGUCGCGCCUCGCACAAGGCUAAUUCCGUCAGGUGAUCAGAAAUUAAUUACAAGUUUAAAUUCAAAUGAUCAAUCGAAUACUGAAUUUCAGAGUUCAUCCUUCCCUCCAUCUAUUUCUCGUUCAAAACUUACACAGGAUUCCAUUAUUCUACCUCAUUCACAAGACAGGCUUUCAUUAAAAAGACCUCACGAAAAUUCUAGUCUGCACACUAAUGAUAGCUUUAUUCCAGUUGGAACAACUCUACCAUAUGGCUAUAUAUCUUCGCAACUUCCUCCAUUAGCAACUUCCAUAGCUCCACUAUCUCUAAAUUCCUAUUAUAAUGGCAGAUUUCCAAUACCUCCACCAGUUCAAACACCCCAAUACCUCUAUUCAGAUCAGAGUCAGCCUGUAACACCGCGAUACAGCAAUUUUACAUCAUUAUAUUAUCAACCGUCGCAACCUCCGCAAUAUUGGAAGCCCAUAAGAAAGUUUCCUUCGAAAAGUAAUUAUGCAGUUCAGAAUCCUAACCAACCAGUUUUGAAGCAGAACACCCUGGAAUUAACUGCAAUAAGUUCGAAAAAUGAGGGAAAUGCUUAUCGUUCGAAUUCUUCUAAAAGUACAGGAAUAAAGGCACCGUUUAAUUAUACUCAGAAUUCCAGAUUCGCUAGACCCAUAACCGAUAGCAACAGUUCAACGAAGAGCACACAAAGCUCUGAGCAUGAGUCAUCCUAUGAUUUAGGAGAUUCUCAAAUUUCAAAAGACGGCGAGGUCGCAAAUUCAUCCGAACCCCUUAAAAGCAUUUCUACUGAAAAGGUUGCAAGGGUAGCUAAAAGAUCCAGAAAUGGCUGUUUAACAUGUAGAUCAAGAAAAAGAAAGUGUGAUGAAAACAAGCCUGUCUGCAACGAGUGUCGCCGAUUGAGAAUUAAGUGUAUAUGGAUGACGAAAACGCAGCGGCAGAAUAAAACGAAGAAGCAUCCAUAUUUGUUGCGUGUGGACGAAACCUAUAACACGGAAUUUGGUGUUAUUAAGGUUGUUAGGGGAAAGGUUGACUAUAAGAUUGAGGAUGGGCAGAUUGUACAAGAUGGCACCUCUCCCACUUAG